AUAUCGAUAAUUUAACUACAUGCUCUUUUGUUUUCACGUGUUGCGCAUGAUUUAUUUUGAGUUUAUUUGUUAAAUAAAUAUAAAAUGGAUGUUGCAAAUACCGAAAAUCAGCCUGCUCCUGCCGACAGCAAUGUGGACAAUAAGGAAAAGACCGAGCAGCCGCUCGAGACUGUAGUCACGACUGAAGAGGCGGAAAAAGCCGGCAACGAAUUCGAAUACCUGGAACGCAAUGAGUUCACAUCGGAAAUCUAUAAAAUUGAAGUGAAGAACUUGGGCUACUUUGGCAUUGGCGAGUUUAAAAAGCUGCUGAAGAACACACUUAAGCUGGACAUUACAAAGAUCAAGUCUCCCACACACAAGGAGUUUGCUUUCGUGUGUUUCCGUAGCCAGGAGGAUCAACAACGGGCUCUGGAAACACUCAAUGGUUACAAAUGGAAGGGGAAGGUUCUGAAAGCUUUGGCCGCAAAAGCAUCUGCAGAUCCCUUGCACAAGAGACGAGGCGAGGAGCAAAGCGGAGAGUCAAAACCGAAGCGUCAACGGACCGCGGUGGAGGCCACUUGUCCCCUGGCUGGAAUGCCCUACGAGAAACAGCUUGAGCAGAAGACGGAGGAGAUGUCGGCACUGCUGAAGAAAUACACCCAGGAACUGCGGCGACUCAAUGCGGCUGCCAAGCCACAUCUGGACAAGUUUCAGUUUAAUGGAGUCCUGCCGUCCCCCACUGUCGACGGUUAUCGCAAUAAAAACGAGUUCACAGUGGGCAAAAAUGCCGAUGGCGAGGUAAUUGUCGGAUUUCGACUUGGCAGCUACAGCGAUGGAUCCGUUGAGGUGGCCGAUGUCCAGCAGCUUCCACACUUGCCGGCACAGGCCAAGUGGGCAGCACUCAGCUUCCAGCAGAUGGUGAGGCAAUCCAAGUUUCAGCCCUUCAAUCCUGUGGGUAACUUGGGUCACUUUCGCCAGUUAAUGGUGCGGACUUCCAGUGACACAGGUGAAUUGAUGUUAGUAGCUGGCAUCUACUCCUCCAACUUGAGCGAAUCGGAGCAGUUGGAGCUGCAACACGAGCUGAAAGACUUCUACGAGCAGCCGGAGCAGAAUGCGACAUACAAGUGCUCCUCGCUCUACUAUCAGGAUGUGAAGCAUCGUGAGGCGGGUCAGACAAUUAAUCCCGUAACAUACCUCUCGGGCAGCACACACAUAACAGACACUAUACAAGGACUACAGUUCCGCAUCAGUCCUUUGGCCUUCUUUCAAAUCAAUACGGCAGGUGCUAGUGUCCUUUACCAGCAGGCCAUCGACUUGGCAGCACCUACGCAGGACACCACCAUGCUGGACAUUUGCUGCGGCACUGGGACCAUAGCUCUUGCCUUUGCCAAGCACUGUAAGCAGGUGCUGGGUGUUGAGAUUGUCCCUGAUGCUAUCAAGGAUGCGGAACACAAUGCAGAAGCCAAUGGGAUAAAGAAUUGCAAAUUCUUUGCUGGCAAUGCUGAUGAUUACAUCAAGAGCAUGGUACGUGAGGCUCUAUACGGCCAGGAGCCCGGCAAACCCGUUGAUUUGAUAGCUGUUGUGGAUCCUCCUCGUGCGGGACUACACAAUCGUUCCAUUGCCGCCAUUCGCUCAGCGAGUGCUAUAAAACGACUGGUCUACGUUUCCUGCAAUCCUAAUAGUGCCAAGCGCAAUUUCAUUGAGCUAGCGAGGCCAGAGUCCAAGCAGUACAAGGGAGAGCCCUUCUAUCCCAAGUCCGCGGUGGCCGUGGACAUGUUUCCACAUACAUCGCAUACGGAGCUGGUCAUUCUAUUUGAGCGUGAGUCGAAAACAACUUCAACUUCAACUCCAACUGAGGCUGUGACAACGGAGACAGUGGCUCAAACUGAUGCUGAGAAGACGUUGGAAUGCAAUGAAUCUGUUGCAGCAGCUACAACGUGACGCCUUUGGUCUCUCUCGUUAUGCUCUCUCUGUUGUGUCUCUUUGUUGCUGCUUAUCACGAUGUUGUCAUCCGUCAGGGGCUCUUUGUCCGGCUGUGGCUACGAUUUUCAUUGUUUUAAAUUGAUUUAAUUGUAUUUACGUUGUUCCGGCGUCUGGUACGAUACAACGACUUCCUAUUUAGUAGAUUUAGAACUUUGUUGAACAACAUACAACAACAUACUCAGUUGUCAUCAGUCCCUUACUGCCAGCCGUGCCGUGUGCGUGAUAAGAACUGUUUGCAAAGUGUUAAAAAUUCAGUCGGAAGAAGUUCACAGAAGGAUAAGUUUGCUGACGACAUCUCAAGUUGUUUCAAGUGUAAAACCGCGACAAGCCUCAGAAAUUCUGACACGAGGAUGUCCGAGCAGGUACGAUAAUACUUGGGUACUUAAAUACUUAAUAUAUAGUUAUAAAAACCAUAUAGAACCUAAUCAAUUUUGUGUAAAAUAAUGUACUAUAACCUGAAUAUCGACUACAUUUUAUUGUUUUUUUAUUUGAGCGAUACAAUUAUAUUAUUUCAAUUGUAUCCUUUAAUACAAGAUUCAUUUUUAUAUAAAGCAUCAUCAAUCUAUCUGUCCUUUGGUGUUGAAUAAGAUAAAAGAAUCUUAUCUCAUUGAAAGUUGAGUUAAUAUAGCAAGAAAUCAGUGUUGAAUGAACUCAACGGAAUAUAUAUAUUUUUAAUAUGUAUGAGAAUGAGAAUAAAUAAGGAUGAAUAAAAGCGGAA